CGAGCCUGCAAACGACAGAACGGCGCUUGGGUGCGUAAUGACGCGCAGGGACGUCAUGACGCUAAACACGCGGCGCUUUCAGGAAGAGUAAAUAGCCUGCGUCCAUGAGUGUGCUCUUGCUGGAGGCGUUCAAUGGCGGCUCCCACAAACAGCUGCUUGAUCUUCUCAAGGAAAGUGUUGAAGACUGUGUGAGCUUCACUCUGCCUGCGAAAAAAUGGCACUGGAGGGCCAGAACCUCAGCUCUGUACUUCAUGCAAGCCGUUCCAGCAAGUUCCUUAUACAGGGUUUUGUUCACCAGCUCCGUUCUCAAUCUAGCCGAGCUUGUAGCUCUGCGCCCUGAUCUUGGCCAUCUUAAGAAGGUUCUCUACUUCCAUGAGAACCAGCUGGUCUAUCCAGUCCGCAAAAGCCAAGAAAGAGAUUUCCAAUAUGGCUACAACCAGAUCCUCUCAUGCCUGGUUGCGGAUGUGGUGGUGUUCAACUCCUCGUUCAACAUGGAAUCCUUUCUCAUGUCCAUCUCCACCUUCAUGAAGACCAUGCCUGAUCAUCGACCCAAAGAUCUGGAGCGGCUCAUCCGUCCCAAGUGUCACGUCCUCCACUUCCCCAUUCGCUUUCCCGAUGUCACAAGAUUCCUCCCUGCACACAAGCGUCUCAGGCAUCCAGUGCGGUGUGAUGAUAUCCACGCUCCGGCUGCUAAAAGCCAUGUCCAGACAUCAAGUCCAAGCAGUCACCCAGACUCCGAGCCACCUGAAAAGAUGCUCAAUGUGGCUGGAACAAAUCAGUCCCAUGAGCCCACCAGUGUCACACCACAUCAGGAAACAGCGUCCCCUUUGUGUGGUCACGAGGGAGAGAAACUGCGGCCACUGCACAUCGUCUGGCCACAUCGCUGGGAACAUGACAAAGACCCACAGCUGUUCUUCCAGACCUUACUGAAACUCAAAGACCGACAGCUGAGCUUUGAAGUUUCUGUCCUGGGAGAGACCUUCGCUGACGUUCCAGACAUCUUUUCUGAAGCCAAAGAACAGUUGGUUGACCACAUCCAGCACUGGGGUUUCAUGCCCAGUAAGGAAGAUUACCUCAAAGUGCUGUGCCAAGCAGAUGUCGUCGUUUCCACAGCCAAGCACGAGUUUUUCGGAGUAGCAAUGUUAGAAGCAGUGCAUUGUGGAUGUUACCCCCUGUGUCCGAAGGCUUUGGUCUACCCUGAAAUAUUCCCUGCAACAUAUCUGUAUUCAACACCUGAACAGCUGUGCAAAAAACUACAGGAAUUCUGCAAGCGUCCCCAAUUAGCCAGACAACAUGUUGUUCAGGUGAGCCUGAGCUCUUUCUCCUGGGACUCUUUGGGGGACCAUUUCAGAUCUCUUCUAAAGGCAGACAGUGGCAUGAUGUUUACAGAUAAGCACAUAUCAUAGUGUGACCCCAACACAUACAUUAUAAUUCAAAAAGUAUGACCCCUUACACCUACCUCCCUGCUGGUUUAUUUAAGGAACAGGAUGUAUACGUGAUGUGUUUUAAUGUACUCACACAACAGAAAAAAAGCAACUUUAUAUAUGCGCUUAAUGGGGGAAAAAAGAACAAAGUAAAAAAAUAAACAAUAUAAAAAACCUGAAA